AAACAAAUCGCAUAUACUUAAGCGCGCUGUGAAAUCUAAUGCUCUCCGUCAUUUGCAUAUCAUAAAGCGAAUUAAACGCCGUCUUCAGGCUCGGCAUUGUUAUUGCCCCCGCUCCUAUCCGUUGUACGGAAUGCAACUGUUUAUACUUAAGCGCGCUAUGAAAUCUAACGUUCGCCCUCAUUUUCAUAUCGUAGAGCGGAUAAGCGCCGGCUUCGGCAUUGCCCCUCCUAUCCGUUGUACGGAAUCAAACUGCCCAUACUUAAGCGCGCUGCGAAAUAUGACACGCGCCCUCAUUUGUAUUUCAUAAAGCGGAUAAACGCCUUCUUAGAGCUUGCAUUGCCACCGCGCCUAUCCAUUGUACGGAAUCAAACUGCCUAUACUUAAGCGCGCUGUGGAAUCUAAUGCUCGCCUUCAUUUGAAUUUCAUAGAGCGGAUAAGCGCCGUCUUGGGGCCCGGCAUUGCAUUGCCCCCACUCCUCUCCAUUGUACGGAAUCAAACCACCUAAACUUAAGCGCGCUGCGAAAUAUGACACCCGCCCUCGUUUGCAUUUCAUAGAGCGGAUAAACGCCGUCUUAGAGCUUGCAUUGCCACCGCUCCUAUCCAUUGUACGGAAUCAAACCGCCUAUGCUUAAGCGCGCUGUGAAAUCAGACGCUCGCCCUCACGUUGCAAUUCAUAGAGCGGAUAAGCGCCUGCGCGUCGCCGUUUAAAAAAAGUUAAACAUUAUCUACUUUAAAAAAAAACAAUGAACGAUAAAGAUCUUUUGGGGGAGAGAUAACAAAGUUCACUUCGCGGCGUGUCCUCUGGUCCAAAUUAGCCAGUUCAAGGCUCGCUCGCUCACUCGCUCGCUGUUUGCAUCGCGCGGUGCGCAGAAAAAAAUACCAACUCUGAGAAAAUGUUGAGAAACCUUCAGAAAAAUCUCGUGACCGGUCUGAAAUGGAAAAAACUGUCCAUCCAAGGACCCAGCCUGCUGCAGGCGCGGAGCCUCGGCACGCACGAUCCGGAACCGAUUCGUAAUCCGAAGGUUCUGUACGACAAGCUGUUCAUCAACAACGAGUGGGUUGACUCCGUGAGUGGCAAAACCUUCCCCACGGUGAACCCGGCCACGGGGGAGAUCCUGGCUCAUGUCAGCCUGGCAGAGGCGGCCGACGUGGACAAAGCCGUCAGUGCUGCUCAGGAUGCAUUCCGCCUGGGCUCCUCGUGGCGUUCUAUGGAUCCGUCACAGCGUGGCCUCAUCCUGCACCGUCUGGGAGACCUCAUGGAGAGCCACAAGGCUCUGCUGGCCUCCCUGGACACGCUGGACAGCGGCAAGACAUACUCCUCCGCUCUGGGUGACGUGGACUACGCUAUCCGCACAUACCGCUACUUUGCCGGCUGGGCUGACAAGCACCAUGGGCAGACGAUCCCCAUGGAUGGCGACUUGGUCACCUUCACCUGGCACGAGCCAGUGGGAGUCUGUGCUCAAAUCAUUCCCUGGAACUUCCCCAUCGUCAUGCAGGCGUGGAAGCUAGCCCCAGCGCUGGCUCUGGGCAACGUGUGCGUGCUAAAGCCCGCCGAGGAGACUCCGCUGUCGGCUCUGUGGGUGGCCUCUCUGCUGGUGCAGGCCGGCCUGCCGCCAGGGGCUCUUAGCGUGCUGCCCGGCAUGGGCGAGGGGGCAGGAGCAGCGCUCGCACGCCACCCGGGGGUGGACAAGGUGGCGUUCACCGGCUCCACGGAGGUGGGGCGCCUGAUCCAGGCGGCGGCGGCCGGGGCAGCAGACGGCCCCAUCAAGAGGCUCACCCUGGAGCUGGGCGGGAAGAGCCCAGUUGUGGUGAUGGACGACGCCGACCUAGACACCGCCGUCGCUGAGUGCCACGAGGCGGUCUUCUUUAACCAGGGGCAGGUGUGCAGUGCCGGUUCCCGCACCUACGUCCACGAGAAGGUCUAUGAUGAGUUUGUGGAGCGGUCCGUCGCCAUGGCGAACGCUCGCAGAUUGGGGGAUCCCUUCCACCCGGACACACAGCAGGGUCCACAGGUGAACGAGGCCCAGUUCUCCCGCGUCUCGUCCUUCGUGCGCUCGGCCCUAGCGGAGGGCGCCGCGCUGGCCUGCGGCGGCCGGAGGGCCACCCGGCGGGGGCCGCUCUACGCCCGCCCCACCGUCCUGACGGGCCUCCCCGACGGGGCCCGGGCCUGCCGCGACGAGGCCUUCGGCCCCGUGCAGAGCCUCUUCCGCUUCGGGCGCCUGGACGAGGCGCUGGCACGGGCCGACGCGUCCCCCCACGGCCUCGCCGCCGGCGUCUUCACCGCGGGCCUGGGCGCGGCGCUGAGGGCAGCCGGCGCUCUGCGCGCCGGCACCGUCUGGGUGAACUGCUACAACGCCGACGCGCCGCAGACGCCGUUCGGCGGUUUCCGCGCCUCGGGCGUCGGCAGGGAGCUCGGCGAGCUGGGGCUGGCGGCCUACGCCGAGGCGAAGACCGUCACCGUGAGGUUGCCGGUGGCGGCGGCGCUGCCGGUGGUGGUGCCGCCGGUGGUGCCGGUGCCGGUGGUGCCGGUGCCGGCGGCGGCGAAGGGCGGCUCGUUCGAGUGAGGGGGCGCGGUGGAG